UAUAGUAAACCUCGAGUCUCUGAGAAACUACUAUCGUAACAACACGUCUUCCUUUUCCUUGAAUCUAAUAAUAAUAAUAAUAAUCUAUGUUGUAUUUUUCCGACAGUUUCCAUUUUCCAAAAUGUUCUUAAUUUGAUUUAUGUGUCAUGUCUUAUUGCCACAUACAAGACUUUUGGAUCUUUCUUCUUGAUAUUUUUCUGGUUAAGUUUGAACAAGCUUUGUUAAUUCUGAUCUGGGUUUUCUUGUUUAGGCCAAGAUGUUCCUGUUUUUUAAGAUUUUUUUUUUUUUGUUGAGGUAUGCAAAUUAUCUUGUAAUAUCUGGCUAUUGAAAUGUUUCAAAAUUGCAUGGGAUUUAUAACUGGUGAAGUUGGAAUCUUUGUGGCUUGCAGGAGAACACCAGUUGGCUUUCUUGCAAGUUUUGGUGAAUAAUUCUGAUAUGGGUUUCUAUCUAUUGGAUCUCUGUUCUGGUUCUGCUUUGUUUCGAAGACAUUCUUUUUCAUCCUCUGCUAUCACCCUUUUUCGUUUCUAUAAUUGAAUUUGGGUUCAAUAAAAGAUGGAAUUUUGCUGUUGAAAUGUUACAUUUUACCUCCAAGAAGCAGCUUUUCUUCGAAUGUUCUGAAGCCCAAUUGGAUUGAAUAGGGAUAGUUGAAUUUGAAAUUUGUGAGUCGUACAAUCUUGAUCCAACUCAUUGUAUUUCGUUAACUUGAUUGGUCAAAGGUAGUUAAAUUAAAUUUAUGGAUUUAGCUCAGGAAGAACCAGUUGGAGAUGGAGAAAUGGAGGAAUUGGUUAGAGUAUCCUCUGGUAAUAUACCUCUCGCGGAAAAUCAUCUUCAGAGAACACAUUUUCCUGGUAUGGUGAGACAGAAAGCCUACGUUUUUGAUGGUCUUGGAAAUUAUUAUAAUAAGGAGUGGGAUCUUGCUGAAGGUGGUGGCCAGGAGUUUUGUUGGUACCAUGUAGAACUUCCCAAAGGGAAACAGAAACUCUCACAGUCUGCACAAUACCUUAUAGAUGUUCUUUGCCCACCUUUAAAGCUUCAAGACAUUCUCUCACUUGUUAGCAAUGGGCCAUUUUGUGGACAUGUUGAUGGAGCGCUUGUUUUUAGGGUUAAUUCACCUGGUCCUCCCUCCAGUAAUUUUACAUUUAGACUAGCUGCAAGGGUUACUGAGAAUUCAGUGAUUACUGUGUCUUUGGGACGUGUUCCCAGAUUAGGUUUCUCACCAGUCGGUCAAUCUCUUCUCUCAGAGAUUCCUAGCGUUGAAAGCCCAUCAUAUUAUAGAGGAGAGAGGGAGGAAGGGAGUGGGAUUGUUAUAGGAGAACAUGUUCUUGAGUUCUUAUUGACAAUGAAUCACUCUGAGGAGGCUGAUAAUCCUGUUCCAAAGUCUGUCUCAAACCUCGUAGUUCACAUCAUUGACACACAUGUGGAUCAUCUUCAAGAUGUUGUUACUAAACUCGAGAUGGAGCUGGAUUCAGUGGAGCUUGAAUUGGAUAAAGGUGGAGAUGCUUUAAAGAAAGAGAUGCUAGAUGAUAGAAGAUUCCCCAAAAUGCAUCUAAAUUUGCAACGACUCCUGCAGGUUAUAGCCCAUGGGGAGCAAGUAUUUCCAAGAGUCAAGGAAAAAUGUUCUUCUAAACAUUGGUUUGCAAGUGAAGACAUCAGCUCCCUUGAAGAGCUGAUUGGACGUUUGAGGAGGCUGAAAGAGAACGUAGGGUUUCUAGCAAAUCGUGUUACUGCAAUUCAGGCUGGUUUGGAUAGCUGGCAGUCUGAGCAAAUUAACAGAAAACUCUAUUAUCUCUCUUUCCUUUCUAUAAUAUUCCUUCCUUUAUCUGUCAUCACUGGAGUGUUUGGAAUGAAUGUGGGUGGAAUUCCAUGGACUGUGCAAAAGGACCCUGCACUAAAAGAUGGUUUCCGCAAUGUCAUGGUUCUCUGUCUAGCAAUGCUGCUUCUAGUGUUGCUAUGCUUUAUUUUCCCUGCUCUUUAUACCCGACUGACUGCCUGGUAUAGGAGGAGGUCUUUGAGAAGAAGUUGGUCUCGUAACAGGAGAUCAUUCCUCAAGAGAACCUUUGGAAUUCAAGAAAGAGGUGGUUACCAUAGGAUUUGACAGUUAAAGAAAGCCAUUAUCAUGGUAUUUUCAUUAAAUUAACCUUAAUUGGCUCCUCAAUCACACGUGUUAAGUGUACCAUUCUAUACACAUAUAGAGUUGUCAUUAGCAUCAUUUGACUGGGCUAAAAAUAGAAAUACUGUGUUCAUCACUUACUCGUAUUUAGGCUAGAGGUGGUGAAGGUGCUUCAUUAGAGAUUAGUCUUAUGCUUUUGCCCAUUCUGUUGUAUGUUAUAUCAUUUUUGAAGGUUUAACUGUACAGGUGUUUCUAUUAAAGUUUGACUGUACAAACACACAAAAUUUGAGUUUUGUUGCAAUCUCAAUUAUAUGGUAAUUGCAACACAGUGGCACUGACAUUUAAGUUCCAUUUU